AUGCCAGCUCAUCUCCCUCCUACMCCUGCCGCAUCUGGCGAGUUUAUCGUCAAGGAGUCCUCUUUUCAUGCCAUAGACGCCAUGUCUGAACACUCGUUUGCCUUGCCACCUGCGGCAUUGAGCCCUGUUGCUGCGGACAGUGGCAUCGCAAACAGUCGCAAGGGGUCAUUGGUAUCGCAGUCUCCCAUAUCGCCUGCUUCUCCAGAGCGCAAGAACAGUGUAGGCUCUGCUGCUCGCGCGGGGACAAAACGUACAGCAGCAGCAACAGCUAGCACUGCAUCCUCGACAACGGCGCUGGACGAAUUUAACCUGCCGCCGCCACCAACACGAUCAAGAAAGAUCAUUCAAAUGAAACCCAAGACCACCCCAUCAUCAAGCCGCAGCGCAUCAACACCAUCAACAGCACUAGCAACAAAGCAAUCUCCACAACGGAAAGCUUCAACAUCCAAACCCAGCUCAGGCUCAACCGGCACUUCGUCUAAAAGCGGAAAUAAUGCUACAGCCAUUUCCCCAGUAGAAGCCGCACUCAACAAUGAGGCUACUUCACCCACCCAGCAACAAUCCAAAAGAAAACAACCCAGCGCUACGUCCGCGGCAGGACGCAAAAUUGCGCGCAAGACCGCUCACAGCCUAAUUGAGCGCCGAAGACGGUCCAAGAUGAAUGAGGAGUUUGCGACGUUAAAGGAUAUGAUUCCUGCAUGUCGGGGGCAGGAGAUGCACAAGCUCGCUAUUCUUCAGGCAAGCAUCGACUACAUGAACUACCUCGAAGAAUGCAUCACUGAAUUGAAAAACAACGCCUCAUCAGCAGCCGGACGGACAACCUCCGUCUCCAAAAAGCUGAAAUUAGACGGUCCUCCUCUCGCACCACCGUCACCAACAUCACCUGAAAUGCUUGUGCCACCGGACAUGGCAGAAGAAGACUCUGCUGGCUCAGCAUCAGAAUCCUCCUCAUCACCCGAACUUUUCCCUCAGACAAGCAGCAAUAACAACAGAACAAACACAUCAACCUACUACUCCUCGCCAUCCUUCUCACCCUACACAGGCCCAGUAAGCAACUCACAACAACAAAUUCAAACCCUCGACGGAAUCAACCAUCCCAUCCUCCCAUCCCCGGCUCUGAGACCUUUAUACUCCCCUCAAAUACGGGCCCAGCAACCACAAUCCGAAUUACAUCAAAUGGGGAACGCGACCUCAUACCGUGUUCCGCAACAGAUUGCCUCCACGACUCCGUCACCUGCUAUUCUGCCUCAGCAACAACACCAUUACCAACAACAGCAACAACAUAGACAAAGCAUCUCGUCGACGCAUACUAUGGCCAGUCCCGUGUUUGUGGCGCACGAUAGUAUAAUCGACCAAGAAGCGAGCGCGGCACUAUUAAUGUUGAAUAUGGACCGGCGUGGAGCGUCGAUAAGUGAAGGUAGUGCUGGGAAAGAAGAUAAGAAAUCUCCUUCCUCUGCGUCUGCAUCAUCCGCGUCACAGGACAGGAGGAUGGGUAUGAGUGUACGGGAUUUACUUACGUCGUAA